AUCACCACAUUUCCUGUUUGCAACUGAACAAAGAACACACAAAAGAUUUUAAGAAACAGAAAAGAGAAAAAACUGAGGUAGAGACAAAGACAAGUUUUACUGUCAUUCUUCUUCUAACAAAGCAAAAUUACUCAGAAACAAAAGUUUGUGAGAGCAUUUGUAAAACAGGCGUUUGCCUUAUGGCUACAUAAGGAGUUCUUGAGAAAAGAAGUAUGCCGGCAAACUCUGGAUGCCAGUUUUAUGUGUGGGCAAUUCUAGUCUCCUUGAUUUUAGCUUUGGUUAUAUCACUGAUCUUCAACAUUUCCCACUAUCUGGAAAAGCAGCGACAAGGUAAAAUAUACAGGUACACUGAAGACUACAUUCCCAGGGAAGAUGAGUAUUAUAUUGAAGAUACACCAAUAUAUGGUAACUUAAAUAACGUGGUGGCCUCAGAACCAACGGAUGAAAACUGCUAUGAACAAAUGAAAGCCCGACCAGAGAGAUCUGUGAAUGAACUGCAAGAAGCCGCCCCACCUGCACAGGCAAUCGGUGAAACGCAGAUGUUUUACGCCCAACUGAAUCACAACUGUGAGGGGAAGCGCAGAAAGCCCAGGAAGGAAAAUACUUAUUUGUCGGACAAGAAUGAAGAUGAGCUGCCACAUGGAGCAAACACCAGCCUUUCUAAGACUAGUCUGGUGGACGCUUUCCCACCCGACAGCCAGGCAGUAGAGGAAAACAUUCAUGAUGACCCUGUUAGACUGUUUGGAUUGAUUCGUGCAAACAGAGAACCUGUAAACUAGCAGGACUAUGAUUCAGCUCUGAUUGAAGAAGAUUGUGAAGGAAAACAAAAUCUCUACAUAUGACACAGCAUGAUUUGACAGAGUGACAAUCUCAUCAUUUGUUGGUGGGGUGGUGGCAUACCUGCUGUCCAGGGCUUACAUUCUUGGACACUGAAUGUAAUGUCAUGAAAAUUAGUUAUUUGAAUUAGUUAUUUGCAUUCACUUUUAAAAUGUCUAAAGGUAAAAUGUAAAAUAAAAUUGCGUUUGUAAAUUGA